CAGCAGCAACUCAGUCCAGCUCAGCCUCCGCCCACUCGGCGCGCUCCCUCCCCUGCCGUGUGGCUGGCUGGCUCGCUGGCUGGCAGGAUGGGAAAGAGGGAGGGAGUGAAUGAGCGAGCUGCAGAUGCGGGUUGAAGGUGCCGCUGGCAGGGAAGUUUGAAGAAGGUCGCCGCUUGUGCGCUCCAGGAGCAUCAUGGCGGAGCUGAGCGACUCGCCCAUUCACGUCCAGUCGCCGUCGCCACCGCCGCCCCAGCCUUUACAACAACCCCAGCCACCGCCGGCUGCCCCACCUCCGACCUCGACUCCCACACCCCAAGCCAUCGGCUGGCCCAUUUGCAGGGACGCCUACGAACUGCAGGAGGUGAUCGGUAGCGGCGCUACAGCUGUAGUCCAAGCAGCACUAUGCAAACCCAGGCAAGAACGCGUAGCAAUAAAAAGGAUCAACUUGGAAAAAUGCCAGACCAGUAUGGAUGAGCUGCUUAAAGAAAUUCAAGCAAUGAGUCAAUGCAACCAUCCCAACAUAGUUACAUACUAUACAUCUUUUGUGGUCAAGGAUGAGCUCUGGUUGGUUAUGAAACUGCUAAGUGGAGGCUCCAUGCUGGAUAUAAUAAAAUAUGUUGUCAACAGAGGAGAGCACAAGAGUGGUGUCCUUGAAGAAUCAAUAAUAGCAACAAUUCUUAAAGAAGUUUUGGAAGGCUUAGAUUAUUUACACAGGAAUGGGCAAAUUCACAGGGAUUUAAAAGCUGGCAAUAUCCUUCUGGGGGAAGAUGGCUCAGUACAAAUAGCAGACUUUGGUGUUAGUGCAUUUUUAGCCACAGGAGGAGAUGUUACUCGUAACAAAGUAAGAAAGACGUUUGUUGGUACUCCAUGUUGGAUGGCACCUGAAGUUAUGGAACAGGUGAGAGGCUAUGACUUCAAGGCUGAUAUUUGGAGCUUUGGAAUAACAGCCAUUGAAUUAGCAACAGGAGCUGCACCUUACCACAAAUAUCCUCCGAUGAAAGUAUUAAUGCUGACAUUGCAAAAUGACCCCCCAACGUUGGAAACAAGUGUGGAAGAUAGAGAAAUGACCAAAAAGUAUGGCAAGUCCUUUAGAAAAUUAAUUUCACUGUGUCUUCAAAAAGACCCUUCUAAAAGGCCUACAGCAGCAGAACUUUUAAAAUGCAAAUUCUUCCAGAAAGCAAAGACUAGAGAAUACUUGAUUGAAAAACUGCUUACAAAGACACCUGACAUAGCACAAAGAGCCAAAAAGGUUAGAAGAGUACCAGGUUCCAGUGGCCAUCUCCACAAAACAGAAGAUGGGGAUUGGGAGUGGAGUGAUGAUGAAAUGGAUGAGAAGAGUGAAGAAGGAAAAGCCGCUUUUUUCCAAGAAAAGUCACGAAGAGUAAAAGAGGAGGAGAAUGCUGAGAUUUCCAUGAAUUCCAGCAAUAUUCCUGAUAAAAUACAGAAUCUGUCUAUUAAAAGUCCUGAGACUCAUUCUGCUGUUAGUAAUGAACAUGGUGAAGUUCCAUGUGCUGUGAAUCUUGUUUUAAGACUAAGGAAUUCCAGAAAGGAACUUAAUGACAUACGAUUUGAGUUUACUCCAGGCAGAGACACAGCAGAUGGUGUAUCCCAAGAGCUGUUCUCUGCAGGCCUGGUUGAUGGCCACGAUGUAGUUAUAGUUGCUGCUAAUUUACAAAAAAUAGUAGAUGAUCCCAAGGCCUUGAAAACAUUAACCUUUAAACUGGCUUCUGGCUGCGAUGGUACCGAGAUCCCUGAUGAAGUAAAACUGAUUGGGUUUGCUCAGUUAAGUGUCAGCUGAUGCCAGUCCCUUGACCCCCAGCAAAAUGGUGAGAUUGCAAAGAGGCCAGCUUUACAUUGCAAAGGAAAAAUUUCAAGCACCACACACUGAAUUCUGCUUCAAUCUGUAGUAAUUCACCAAGUUGGAACAAGCAAAGGCCACAGCUGUACUGCUCCUGCUGACAUUCCAAAAGCUACUAAAUGUGUCUCUAGCAAUCAGUUCGGAUUUCCGUGAAGUGAAAACAGACGGUUUAGAAAUGCACUCAGGUUGCAGUAUCCAUUGGUUAUAAAAGGAAUUUUCUAUCAGAGCUAUUUCUUCUUUAAUUAAAAAAAAUACAGUAAUAACUAUUUUAGUGGAUAAUACUGACUCUCUUCUGUUGUAUGUAGAAAUGAAUAUUAUAAAUGCUAGCGUUUAUUAGCCAAACUUGAAUUCUAGUUUUAAAACCAACUGUGAAUUUUAUUUUCCCUAUAUUUUAUGCAUUAUACAUCCUAGUUGUAAGGUUUUUUUUUCAUUUCAUGAUUUAUGUGCUGCUUGUAGUUAAACAUGUUUGUUUAAAGAGAGUUUCAGGUUUAUCUUUGAAGUAUUUGUCACUAUCUCUAGUUUUUUGAAUUGAAGUAGGCAUUUAGUUUUGGUUUGUGUGUCCUUUUUAAAAUCCAUAGAUAGAUUGUCAAGGGUGUGGGAGGUGCCUUGCAGAUACUUAAUGUUCUAAGACUGUGCCUGAAGCUGGUUGAAUCUGAGCUCAUUUCAUUUCUAGAUCCACCAUGUCUGGAUCUUUGAGUUAUGAGAAAGAUUUAUUGUAGAAGAGAUUUGAGACAAAUGUGGCCUAUGUUCUGCUUUGUUGGGGUGGGAUCUACAAGCUGAAACGUCUUAUAAACAAUUGCCAUUAAGCUAAAAUGCCUUUACUUUGCCCAUCUCUGAUCUGGCUUAUCUUUAAGGGAUAGGAAAUGUUUUAUAAUAAUAAAACUUGAAGAGAAUCUGAGCUUUACUUGAACUUCUGCAGAACGCCCAGGUAGAGUGCAUCUAAUGAGAAAGGGCUUUGUGCAAUGACAAAGGUAAAAGAUAAAAAAUUCUGUUACACACAUUUUUAAAUACUCCUGACUGAAGUAGUCUUACGCUUAACCUGUGGCAUAGUAAAUGUUAGAAGGAUUCUCUAAUCUGAAGCAUAUUUUCAGAGAAAUGGGUUUCUUGGAUGUUAUCAUGUUAAACAACUUCCUUGCUAAACUUAGAUAAAUGGCAGCUCUCUAACAUAUGGGGGGGAAAUGGCAAAUGUGUUAUUUAAGAGUUAUUUAUAAUGCCUUGUCAUAAAUGUUUGAGGUGUUCUAGAGCCAUUUGCAUACAACUCAUUGUAAUUCCAUUCCAUUCUAUUGUUUACAAAAUGAUUACUCAAAGACUGACUGCAGAGGUAAAAGGAAAAUAAAAGUGUAUUGCACAAUA